AUGCCCGAUAAACCCGCGAAACAAGACAGCAAGAAGGACGAUGGUGCAGAGUUAGAAACGCAGAUUAUUAUGCGAAUGCCCAAGGAACCUGCAGCUGCUCUACGCGAAGCGAUACAGAACGGUGCCAACAAUCUGAAAGAUCGACUUUUCAUUCGUUUGGAGAAUGAAUUGCGCUAUGGCGAAGUUCGGUUUGAUCAUUGGUUACUGCACGCGAAAGUGGUUGAUCUUCCCACGAUAAUCGAAUCGUUGAAAACGAUCGACUCGAAGAAUUUCUACAAAACCGCGGACAUAUGUCAGAUGAUGAUAUGCAGGGAGGAGCCCGAACAGCAGUCAGCCGAAGAGGAAUCUCCGAACAAAAAUAAGAAAAAAGAUCCUAACAAAGUAGACAAAAAGUUUCUUUGGCCGCACGGAGUGACACCACCAUGCAAGAAUAUACGGAAGCGUCGUUUUCGUAAAACUCUUAAGAAAAAAUAUGUCGAAGCACCGGAGAUAGAAAAGGAAGUAAAACGUUUGUUACGGGUCGACAAUGAGGCGGUUAAUGUAAAGUGGGAACUGAUCACUGAAGAUGAGGAUCCAAACAAACCCUCGCCAGGGUCGGGUACGGAAUCGGGCGCACCUAAUAAAAGCCCAUCGAAGAAUACGAAAAAAGGUGACCAUAACAAGGACGUAGGAGAGCAUGAUAUCUUCGGAGAAGAAGUGUCCGAUUCGGACGAGGAAGAUAAUCCGAUCAACAAAAAUAUCGACAUUGAUGAGAGCAGUCGGUUGUCGGCGGAAGCCGAUGAUAGCCGCUUGUCCGAUUCCAGCUCUUACCAGGGUACGCAGCAGACGGAGCGAAACCCUGCACUGGAGUUCAAUAAAAGCAUGUUUAGCGGUGCUGGUUCGAGCAGUGGUUACCGGGCAGCCAGAAGACCCGAAACGGGAGCUAGCAGUGCUGGCGGAUCUAAGUCCAUGUCCUACUUUCAAGGUGACAGUUCCCGGUUGGAUUCCGAUAACGAUUCAUCAGACAUGCCACACGGUGGGUUUGGUAAUAGUCAGAACAGUAACGCCAAUAGUGCAACCGCUAGCACGAAUAAUAACGCCCGUGCUUACGAGCUGCAGCGCCAAAUAAGCGAUCUUAAAACGCAGCGUAAUCAAAAGGAACAGGAAAUUCGCACGAUCGAAAAUCAAACCUUGCGUCAGCGUUUACAAGAUAAGCUGGACAGCUUGCUGAUGGAAAUACAGGACAAGGAGAAAGAGAUACACGAUCUUCAAUCGGGAGAAAAAUAUAAUCUGGACUAA